AUGCGAAUAUUAAUUAUUAUUAUUUUAAUAAUUAUAGUUUUUUUGGUAAAAGAUACAAUAAAAAAAAAUAAAAAAGUAAAUUCAAAAUCUCCAUGUGGACCAUUUGCAUUCCCAAUUCUUGGUAAUAUUAUUCAAUAUUUUUUUUAUCAAAUUUUAAAUAUUAAAGAACAUUCAAUGAUUGAAAGAUAUUCUCGUAAAUAUGAUGGUAUUACAAGAAUAUGGUUUGGUGAUAUUUUCAUUUUAUAUGUUUCAAAUUAUGAAAUUGUAAAAUGUUUUCAAAAGGAGGAGAAUUUCUUUGAUAGACCCUCAACAUUUGUUCCUACUUGGAGAUACAUGUCAAGUAAUGGAGGUGGUAUUAUGAGUUCAAAUGAUGAAAAAUGGAAGAGAGCAAAAACAACUUUUUUAAAAUCUUUAAAAAUUCAUGGCAAGAAAUAUUUAAUUGAGAAAAAGUCUAUUGAAUUUGUUAAUUCUAUUGAAAAAUUUUCAAAUUCAAAUCAAGUUUUUUACCCAAAACAAUACUCUCAAGGAUUUACAAGUUCAAUAUUUUUUAAAUAUAUGUUUAAUGAAGAUAUUUCAAUUGAUAAUAAAUUUUUAAAAGAAAUUGGAACUGCAGUAGGAAUGGUUUUCACAAAAAAUUCACACUUGACUGUAUUUGAUUGUUUUGGAAUUUUAUCACCAUUUUAUGAUUUAUUUUUUAAAUUUAGAUUAAGACCAAUUGAAAUUUUAAAGAAAACAAUUGAUAAACAAUUAACAAAUCAUUUAAAUUCAAUGGAUUCAAAAAUGGGUGAUCACCAAUCAAGAGAUAUUAUGGAUGAUUUAUUAAUUGAAUAUGGUAGUUUAAAUGAAAUUUCAAAUCAAGAUAGAAUUCAAAUUAAUCAAAUUUGUUUUGACGUUAUGAGUACUGAUAUUGGUACAGUUGCAACUACAAUUGAUUGGGUAUUAUUACAAUUAUGCAAUCGUCAAGAUUUACAAGAGAUUAUUUGUAAUGAAAUUCAAGAUACAAUUAAAAUAAAGAGAAACAAUGUAAUAAAUGAUGGUGGUGGUGGUGCAGAUACUGAUAAUUUAUUUAUAAAUUUAUGUGAUAAACAAUCAAUACCAUAUUUAAUUGCAUUUAUAAAGGAAACAAUGAGAGUAUUUUCAAAUGGUUGGAGUUUACCAAAAACUUCAAAACAUGAUCAAAUUUGCGCAAAUUAUUUCAUUCCAAAGGGAUCAAUACUUUUUAUAAAUUAUUUUUCAAUUCAUUUAAAUGAAGAAUUUUUUAAAAAUCCAAGAGAAUUUAAUCCAGCAAGAUAUUUGGAUGAUUCAAUUCCAAUACCAGAUUUACACUUUGGUAUUGGUCAACGUGGAUGUCCUGGUAGAUUUGUUGCAAUGGAUCAGGUUUUUCUUUGUAUUGCAAAUACACUUUUAAAAUAUAAAAUUAAAUCAAUUGAUGGGAAGAAAAUAGAUGACACUAUCCAAUUCAGUGUUUAUUUAAAACCAAAAGAUUUUGGAAUUCUAUUAGAAAAAAGAAACAAACUUUUUGUAAAUGAUUAA